CGAUGACCAUAAAACAAAACUAAAGAUGCAUUAUAUAUUUUGCAAUCAAGUUCUUAGUUAAGAAUAUCAAAAAGACCAAGAGAAUAAAUGGAGAAGAGGGGGGCCAUUAAAGACCCUCACCAAGAAGAACCAAAAAACUAGUGAACCCCAUUUCUUUCGGUUUUGAACCUAUCAAAAGGGAAGGUUUCCUUGGUUUUAGGGUUAGGGUUUUGGUUUGAUUCUGAGAAGGAGAAAUUACUAAAACAAAAAAAUGGGGAGAGGUAGGGUUGAGCUGAAGAGGAUUGAGAACAAGAUCAACAGGCAAGUGACUUUUGCAAAGAGAAGAAACGGUUUAUUGAAGAAAGCUUACGAGCUUUCAGUUCUAUGUGAUGCUGAAGUUGCUCUCAUCAUCUUCUCCAAUAGAGGAAAGUUGUACGAAUUUUGCAGUAGCUCAAGUAUGCUCAAAACAUUGGAGAGGUACCAGAAAUGCAACUAUGAAGCUCCCGAGCCAAAUAUAUCAUCUAGGGAGGCUGCACUGGAAUUAAGCAGUCGGCAAGAAUAUCUGAAGCUUAAAGCACGUUAUGAUGCCCUACAAAGGUCGCAAAGGAAUUUACUGGGAGAGGAUUUGGGUCCUUUGAACAGCAAAGAGCUUGAGUCGCUUGAAAAACAGCUUGAUUCAUCACUGAAGCUAAUCAGAUCAACUCGGACCCAAUACAUGCUUGAUCAGCUCACUGAUCUCCAAAGAAAGGAACAUCUUCUUAAUGAAGCCAAUAAUACCCUAAAACAAAGGUUAGUGGAAGGGUACCAAGUAAAUCCACUACAGCUGAAUCCAAAUGCAACGGAAGAUGCUGGCUAUGGCCGUCAACCGGUUCACCAUCAUCCUUAUCAUGGUGAUGCCUUCUUCCAUCCACUGGAUUGUGAACCGACUUUACAAAUCGGAUACCAGCAUGAUCCGAUGUCGGUCGUCACCGCGGCAGGUCCGAGUGCGAACAACUACAUGACCGGUUGGUUAGCAUAGUAUUUAUAUACGGAGGAGGAGAAACCAUGGGAAUGGAUUUCUUGGUAAGAAACUAGUUUAUGUUGUUCCAUGAAAAACAAAUACGCAUAAUGUCAUGGAUUUAUUAUUAUUGUUAUUAUUAUAAGCUAUGAGAAACUCAGUGUGAGCUAUACAAUGCAUCUUUGUAA